UUGUCCUGCAUAAGGCCCAUCUCAAACGUUAACAGGAACCCUAGCGCUUUCCUCGUUCUUCAUCGCCUUCGCACCGUCUCGCAAAUCUUCGAGCAUCAUCUCCCAGUUCAUUCGAAUCCUUCUUUGUUCCGCUCGACUUGGUUCUGUUAGCCCUCCUCUCCCAGUUCCUGAAGUGCAUCGCCCGCCUUGUGAUCGUUGUUCGAGCUUGAGGGAUCGAUCUUUGGAGGCCAAAUCUGGUUACGGUUAUGGCCUCGAACCAAUUCAAUGAUUGGGGGGAAAAAAAGACGAUACCUGUACGAAUUAUCUGAUUUUAGUAGGCUUCAAAGGCACAGAUUGUUGCGCUUAAGGUGCUUGUAACAGUUGUUGCAUGGCUACAUCUUUGGAUAUGUCACUGGAUGAUCUGAUAAAAAGAAGUUCUAGUCAAAGAGGAAGAGGGAGAUGGAGAGGGAGAGGCCAGGGGCAAGUUCAAGUUCGCAGCCGCGGUGGUGGCACUUUUCAUGGAAGGGGAAUGGGAAGGCUUAAUGGAGACUUCCUGAGAGUUAAGACUCGCCCAUCACCCUACAAAAUUGCCAAGUCUUUCAGUAGAACAAAGGACAUGACAUGGAGACGUGACCUCUUUGAUGAUAGCAUAGAAGCAGCUGGCACUUCAGGAGUGCAAACAGGCACAAAACUUUACAUUUCAAAUCUAGAUUAUGGGAUAUCCAAUGCAGAUAUAAGGGAGUUAUUUUCCGAAGUUGGUGAUCUAAUGCGCUGUUCUGUUCAUUAUGAUGGGAAUGGUCGACCAAGUGGUUCGGCUGAGGUUGUGUACACAAGGAGAAGCGAUGCAAUAGCUGCUCUAAAACGUUACAACAAUGUGCAGCUCGACGGAAAGCCUAUGAAAGUAGAAGUUAUUGGUGCUUUAGGCUUGCCUAUGACUCCUCGUGUGAACGUUGCAGGUGUUCCCUAUGGUAGGGGGAGGACAGUUAUGGUAACGCCACAAGUAGCUCAAGGUGGUUCGCGUUCUUUUAAUCAUGCUUCUGGGAUAAAUCGGGGUGGUGGCUUUCAACAUGGUCGAGGUCGUGGAAGUUUCAGAGGCAGUGGCCGUGGCCGUGGUACUAGGGCUACACGUGGCCGUGGUCGAGGCCAUGGUCAUGGAGGGCAGCAAAGCUUUGAGAAGUCUGCCAAUGAAUUAGACAAGGAGCUGGAAAGUUACCGCUUAAUGAAUAGAUGAUAAUAGAACAUAUUUGAAGUGCGACAGCAUGUUCUCCUAUACCUAGUAUUUUGAUCCUUGCAGCAAGGAUCCGAGCCACAAAACUGAUUACAUUCGGGGGACUCAGGAGCUUCAUGAUAUAUACCUCAACUUGGACGAUCUAUUUGCAGAAGAUCCAAAAUGUAACAUAAGGUUGCAUACGAUAGAAUUAUAUUCAAUGUGGUUUGAUCUUUUAUAAAGAUUCUACACUGACGGUAGUUUCGGGCUGUU